ACACACAUCAAAAAUGUUGGGCUAUACCGAUGUUUUUUUACACACAUUUCACGCAUAAGAAAUAUCUCUAAAUUAUUUAUAUCCAAAAAUCCAUAAAAACAACGGAUGUUAAAACUACAAGAACCAGUGCAAAAUGGCUAAUCCAUGUGUUAUGCCCGGUCAACUUUCUGGCAAAUCUUUCUUGGCCAUUGAAAAUGCAACUAAUGGUUUGAGCUCAAGCACCGACAACCCUGAAAUAUCAAUGGAUCUAGGGCAGAGAACUAAGCUCAAGAAAAGUGCUUCGUUCACAGGUCUUGGAUCCCAUUUUGUCGGUCUGACGCUGAAUCCGGAAAGGAGACGGAGGGUUUCUGGCGGGGAUUGCGAGUACUAUCAGCAGCCGAAUUUACUGCGAAAUCCAUUGGUCGUUAGGAGUGGUAAUAUACCAGAUGAUGAAGAGUGCCAUCCCAAUUGCCCUUAUCGAGGAAAUUAUCAAGCACAAAACAAUUGCGAGCAGCCAUCGAAUCAAUAUUAUGAUCAUCGCUAUCAGCAUGAACAACCUGCACAGAAUCAAUCGUGUUAUUGUGACAAUAGAACACCCCAACAGAGCCAUGGGCAACGCACCCAAUCCCAGCCAAAGGAUCGACAUGGAAAUGAACAACCUGCACAGAAUCAAUCGUGUUAUUGUGACAAUAGAACACCCCAACAGAGCCAUGGGCAACGCACCCAAUCCCAGCCAAAGGAUCGACAUGGAAAUGAAUGUGGAUGCGAUCAACCAUCGGGCAGAAGAGCUUACAGGACACCCUCCUCGCACUACAUGGAAUACAGGGAGUUUCAGCACAGUCCCAAACACAAUCCUGCUAUAGAGAAACAUAGAAAAUAUAGUGAAUGUCCUCCAGAGUCACAACGAAAGAAUCGAGAAUUGCAAAAGAAGACCUCAGAGUGCAGUUGUGGAUCUCCAGAACGCAAAAGAGUUCAGAAAACUAAACGAUUGCAAAAACAACCAUCUGAAUGUAGCUGUGAAUCUGAAGAAAAGCAACAUGUUCAGAGUAAACGAUUGAAGACAUCAUCAUCCGAUUGCAGCUGUGGGGAUGAACGUUCAUCGAGAAGACCGCAAGUUCAUAGAAAAAGUACCCCGGACAAAAGUUAUUACCUAAGAAAACCAAUUCCAGCAGCUCAAACUUGUUCCGUUCGUUGCCAUGCUCGUUCCCACAUUCAAGGACCACCACCUCCACCGGCCCCAAAACGAAAAUGUCCUGCUGCAACACCGCCACCGGUGUGUAGAAAACCCACACCCAAGACCAAGCCAACGAAUACGCCAAAAGGUAAGACCAGGCAAUGUGGUGCCUGCAAUCGCUGUUCCGACGUAGAAAGCGAUGCCAAUGACUACGUGGAGCACCAUCGUUCCCGCACGGAGGUACUUAGGAAUCCCCUGAUUCAAUCUCGUUCGGAGUAUGAUGACAAUGGUGUUCCUCCCUACGAGAGCUAUAGCGAAGAGUGUCCUGUCCAGCGAAGAGAACGAUCUCCUAGUUGCAAGCGAACCAAUCCAGAGAACCGUAGUCGUAAGGAACCACCAAUCUGUUCCAAUGAAACCCUAAUGGAAAAGCCGGUGAAAAGCUAUCGAUUUAGUUGCCCCGAGAAUGGCAAAUGUGCGUCAUGUCGAAAACUUUGCCCGAAAUGCCACAAGGCUUUGGCUCAAAAGAAGAAAACUUCUUCGGCCAAGAAGUGCGCAGCAUCGGUGGCCCAAAAAUGCUGUCCCAUGUGCGGAUUACUACCCAUGAUGCCGAAUAUUUCCAUUCCGGACGUUGGCAGUGGCAACCGCAUUAUCUACAAGACUCUGGGUAGAUGUCGACCGAGGAAAUUGCCCAAGACACGAUACGAAUUGACCAUUUGCUGUAAGAAACGCUGCCAGGGAGGUCGGAACUCACACUACAUGACGGGCACUGUGGCUACGAGUUUGAAAAAAAGGGCCAAGGCGGCAAUGACUGGGGUUAAUCCAGUGGCGCCACCGCGUAUGUCAAGUCACAGACAGGGUGUCAGACAAUCCCCUUUUCCACCUCUGAAUAUGCCCAGUCAUCCAGUAUCGCAGCCGACAGGACACGUCAGGAGUGCGAGCCGAGCAGGUCACUCGUAUUUAGACCAGGAUCGCUCUAGUCCAUCAACUUCUGCUCAGCCACGUGAGAGACCAGCUGCUCCGCCACCAUUUAAAAUGCGUUCUCCUUCUGCGAACGUGGUGCAGAAGUCAGAGAAACGGGAGGGAGAAAAGUACCAGCAUCCUUCGCAGCAAAGAACAAGGACUAUGCAGCCCGUUAUAGAGAUUCAUAGUACUCCCAAGGAACAAGCCACUGCAUAUAGAUCACAACCAGAACCAGGACCAUCAAAUAGAUCCCAAAGAGAACCAACGAAUAGAUCCCAAACAGAACCACCAGCAUCCAGUCGAUCUAGACCUGAAACCCCCGAUCUACCAACAUCUUUGAUAGCACCCGCUUCAAUGGAUGCGGAGAUAACCGAACCCGUUCGACGUGGAGCUUCCUAUUUGGGCACUGAGUUGAAUCCCUUCUACAGGGGUAGUUUUCUUAGAGUUCGUCACUCAAGGGAUUCACCUCAGAGCCGCUUGAGUCCCAUUCACCAGAGAGGGGAGAUCUCGGAGGUGCCCAGGCCGCCAACAGUUCCUGGAAUGGGUUUACCCGUAAAGUAUACGAGGUUAAGUCAGCUGCAGGCAUGGGUAUUUGGAGACCCCUUCGUAAAGGGUAAAACCAAUACGGGAACCUGGAGCUGGCGCCAAAUUUUUGGCCGCAAAAAGAAGAGUCCUACUACCAAGGAUAAGCCAGCUAAGACAAUGGACGCCAGUACAUAGGCUUAGAGUCUGAUGUCUAAAUAGUAACUCUUUUAAAAAUGAAACAUUUCGUCAAAAACAAAAUUAUGGGCCAUUUCCGAAGUUCAGAGCAGCAGAGAAAAGAUGCGGGCCAGGGAAGUCAAACGGAUCGUUCCCAAGAUAGUCAGGCCGAGGUGUGUCCAAAUCCACGUCCUCCUCCCCAAAGAUCGUGUCCUGGUAGCCAGAAUGAACCAGAGAAAAUGUACGUUCUGAAGAACUGCGAUCGAUGUCAGGACUAUAAGGUGCAACCUUGCAAUUGGAAUUGUAAGUGUCGAAAGAAAAGGGCUCCCUGCACAGGUCAGUGCAACAUUUCGUAUCAGGAUAGAUCGCCAACGCAUUCCCAGGACAGCAUUACAGAAGCGGUGAUACCAAGGACCACGUCCUUGUCUGAGCCAUCAAAGUCCUUACAUGACCUUGCCUCAGAUCGUCGAAUGGGCGGCAACUGUCCCAUAUGCCAAUUUUGUGGUCAAGAGGAGAUCCGUCAGCCAGGACAGAAUAUGUGUGCACAGUGCAAUGAGAAGAUCCAGGCAGCCGUAGACAAUUACCAUGUGCAGUGCCAAGGACAAUGUCAACCGAUAGCGGGGCAGCCGUGUCCUUAUCAACAAAAUCAACCGCAAUACCAGCCACAACUACAGCCAGCUGAUCAGUGGCAACAGUUGAGUGGAAAUCCAUAUGAAAACGGUCAACAGCGUCAGGGAGAACAACCGUUCAACAUAAUUGUGCUUCAGGAUUGCAACAAUCAUUCGCUGAUCGAUCAGCUAACAGCUGCCAUAAACCGCGGUGGCGGUCAAGUGAAUAUACAAACGGGAGCUCAGCAAUCUGAAAAUAACAACUACUCAAAUAACUACCCCAAUAACUAUUCCAAUAACUAUCAAAACAAUCCGCUAUCUGGUUAUAUAGACUACGAGUACGUAGACCUUAAUCGCAAGGAAUAUGGUUACGAAGCGGAACGAGACGAUCGCUACGACUAUGGAUAUGAUCCUUGGCGCCAGGAUCCUUACUACCAACGAGAUGGCUACGACGACGACGGGUAUCAGAACUACGGAUCAUGCAACAGCUACGAUUGUCCCGCCAAAAACAGUGUCAACCAGAAAUUAGAAUCCCCAGACACCAACAAUCAAACUGAUCAGCCUUGGAACCAGUCAUACGAUUAUGGCCAAUCCAAAAGUUGCACCUGCAGCUGCCAAUUCUGUCGCAAGGCUUUCGAAACCAAGGAUAAGCUGGCUCUGCUCAUUGCCCAGGCUUUAGAGAUCUUCAUUAGUAAUAAUAAUACCAAGGAAGAAAAGAAAAGUGAGCAGACCAAUAAGACUAAAGCAAAGAAAAAGAAGGUGGCAAAGAGCAUAGGUGCGGAAUCAGGCGAAAAGACUGCACCACAGUCCAAGCAGGAGAGUUCCGAGCACGUUGGCAAUUUGCGAACGAAGGAUACUCCAAGGUCAAAGGCGAAGGAAACUCCAAAGGAAACUCCACAGUCAAAGACGAAGGAAAAUGCACAAGUCAAAGAAACUCAAUUGGGAAACGAAAAGAGUAGUAAGGGAAAAUUUAGCUACCAAUCCACGCAAAGUAACAAGACGAUUUCCAUCCAAAGUUCGGCACCCAAAGUAGCCAAACAUUUGGGACACCAAUUCAAGGUGGCAGCGGCACACAACGAAUCCAGCCACGAUGAAGAUAGCAUGGCAUCCCACAACAAGACACCAUCAUUUUUCCUGCCCAACUGCGAGGAACAUCGCUGCAAGCGCAAUUGCAAUGGGCUUUGUUCGCGAAAACCGCAUGAUUGUGGUAAAGGUUGCAAGUCGAGAUGUCGCGGUCCCUGCUCCAAAUCAGGCGGAGGUGAUGGGCGUAGCCGCAGGAAGGGAUCGAAAAACAAGCAGCGAUCCAAUCAGAGGCAUUCCCGUUGCCAGCAGUGCAACCAGGGUGAGGGUCGCCAGUGGCAGGAAGUUAGCGCCAACGAUUGUCCGGCGGGCAUGAAAACCGGGAAUCGAAAUGCUGGAGGCAGCGGCGUUGUUAAGAACGCACUCUUGGGACUCAGUCCCAUUGCCCACUAUCGACCCGGAAUGCUGCAGUUUCCCGUGAAUUACCUACUGGCGGGCACCAAUUUCCGGCGAAGGCUCGUUCGCACCGCCGCCGGCGUAACGUUGCACCAGAAUCCGUACUCGAACGAGGACGAUGCCAAGGAUCUGCCCAGCUUUCCGUGCCGCCAGAAGACUAGCAGCCCCGACUGUCGAGCACCCGUUAAAAAGUGGCUCUGAGCUCCAGAACGCGUCGUCGAAUUAUAUGCAUUGUAGCGUAUCGAAGGACGUAGAUGGUUAUCCUUCGAUCCAUACAGUGCAUACGUUCGCCCAGACGCGUAGUGGCUUAUAGUUUUCUUUUUCCAAAUUCUUAAGUAGUUCUGAUUAAUAUUUCACAAAUGC